AAUUCAGAUCGUGAGAAAAGGUAGGCAGAGAGAAGAGCAGUGUCUACGUCGUCAGGAUCGUAUAACCAUUCCUACGACGUGACGCUCGUCUUUAAUCAUCGAAAAAGUGUUUAUUGAACGCGAGGAACCUCGGCGAUUGAUGAAUAUAUAGUGCCAGUGAUUGAUUCGAUUUACCGCCAAAAUUUCAGAUCUGACGGGCCCGGGUUUGGGGUUGCAGAUGGUGUCCUCAGCGGUGCUGGGGGCGGCGGCUGGGACCGGAUUGGCCCUGGUCGUGGCGAUGACGAUAGUCGUCUACAGGUAUUACGCCGUUAAACGAAAGGGGAAGUCCUGGAGCGCGCUGGACCGAUGGCCGGAUCCUCCGUCGACGACCAAAAAUCGAAGUCAGAAUUCCACCGGCGGUUCCACCGUCCUCAACUGCUGGAGGAAGCCUCAGCAGAGCUUUUACGCGGUCCAAACUGGGGAAUUUAAUGUCGCCAAGGAACAGCACGCCGUUCAGCCGUCGGCUGUUACGGAAUCAGGUGGCGGGCUGCCUCAUCAGAGUCGCAGCUACCCUGGAGGGGGAGGGAGGCCCCUGGCGAGAACACCAUCCGUGAGCUCCCAGAGCUCGUUGGAGGGAGCAUCUGGGUCCUCGGUUCACCGAGGCUCGUCUCCGCAGAUCAGAGCUUUCGGUCCGGACGGUCGUCACUACCUUGACGCCGCCCACACAGCCUCUUCAUACCCCCCGAGCAGGGGCUCGAGGUCGCCAUCUCCUGCCCGCGCCGCAUCCUUGGACGCCCGGAGUGCGAGUCCUGCAAGCUGCUGUGGCAGCGGCGCCCUUAGCGGAACCGCAUCGCCCUCGCAAAGCUCCCUCGUGUCUUUAGCCACCAUCACGAGCUCAUCCGUGUCCUGCGGAUCGGCAGGGGUAGCCCACAGAGCUCGAUGUCUCUCGCCUCUUCUCAUUCCACCCCCGAGGGCAUCCGGAAGCGACACAGGACCCGCGCUACCGACUUCACCCCUCGGCUCUCUGCAGCCGGAUCUUUACCCCCGCAGAGAUGGUCCGCUACUCAUCGAUACGCGCAGGUCCGGACCCAGUCUAGGCAGACUGCACCUGCGUCUGCAGUACGACUUUGACAGAUCGGACCUGAACGUGCACCUGAUCGAGGCGCACGAUCUAGCGGGUAGUGAUCAGGGCGGAUUCAACGAUCCUUACGUGAAAUUGACCCUGAAUCCCGAGGUGGAUACGAGGAAGAGGCAGACCUCGGUCUACCGUGACAACCCGAAUCCGUUCUUCGACGAACACUUCAAGUUUCCAGUCAGCUACGAGGAACUGCAGGACAAGACUCUCGUGCUACAGGUGUUCGACUAUGACCGCUAUUCGAGAAACGACGUUAUUGGAUCGGUCCGGGUGAUGAUGGACAAGUUGGAACUGGUAUCAUCGACGUCUUCGGUUGAGAUAUGGGGCGAGAUCGCCCGCGAGAGAAAACCACCUGGAGAGAGGCAGGAAGUAUUGCUGUCUCUUUCCUAUCUCUCCAAAGCAGAGUUGCUCACCGUUGCCAUGCUGAAAGCUCGAAACCUGUUCCCUCCUCAGGACAAGGAGUGUCUCGAUCCAUUUGUUAAAGUCUACCUUCUAUCCGGAGGUACGAAAGUUAAGAAGAGAAAAACCAAGACCCAAAAGGGCACCAGAGAUCCGGUCUGGAACGAGCCGUUGUCCUUCAACGUUCCACAGUCGGCGAUCUCCUCCUCGUCUAUAGAGAUCUGCGUGCUGGAUUCGAACAGCGGAAACAACACACCCGUCGGUACUUGCACCGUUGGUCCAGGGUCGAAUUUGGUCAGCGGCGACAAGGCGGACAGUUUGGGUCGAGACCACUGGCUUUUGGCGACCCAAUCUCCGUCCAAGGCAAUCGCCAUGUGGCACCCGCUGCAUUAGUACAACGCUAACGUAACUUAAGGUUCAGUCGUACAGAAGAGGAAUAAAAACGCUCUGAACUAUAUUCAAUGACGAACAUGUGGAGAAGAGGUAUCCUUGAAUUGUCUGAGGAGACAAAAAGGACAAACAGAAAUUAAUAUCAUUAUACACGUGAGUUAGACCUGAUCGAUUGACACGGCCUGUCUGAAAUUAUACAUUGCAAAUU